UGUGAUAAUGUCAGGAGGGGUGACAGCUGGAAAGCACUAGAAACCCUCUGGUCUGCCUGCUCCUUCUGAAGAUGUGGCAGGAGGCUGAGCCCUCUUCCUGUAGGAAUCAUGUGCCAGCAUUCCUGGUCUGAGGGGAUAGGCCCUUUGUUCCUUUAAGCCCCGAUUCCUAAGGGUCACGUGGGCCCCUCUCCCACUGAGGGCGCCCCAGGGCGUUCUCAUUGUCUUGGCUGUCUCCCUUGUGCCAGCCCUCUCAGGCCCCUUCCACGGGGCUUUCUAGAACACACAGCUAUUAGUCAUCUUCCCCUGUCCCCUUCCCCUGCUCUCCCAGGCUCCAGCUCAGAUUCACCAGGAGCCGCGGUUUGCCACAUGUGCUUUCUCUCCCUGGCCCUGUGGUGGUACAUGUUGACGUCCUUGUGGGUUGCACCUUCAGGUGUCAGGGUUUGCUUCAAAGUAAAGUGGGGUGAGGCCAACCUAGAAGCUGGCUGUCUUCUGGAAACCAGGAGAAUUUCCCAGCGUUUCCAGGCCUUGUAAAUCUUUCCAUUAAUUGUUCUGCUCCUGAUUGCCUGUAGUCCACAAUUACUUUAGUAGUCCUCAGUGGUGCCGUAUAAUUCAGUACUUUAUUUAAUCCGUGUAUAAAACACUGCUUUGGUCUCUAAAUUUUAUGCAUUUUUACAAUAUGCCUGACUGGACUACUCAUAUCAUGUCCCCGGAGUCAGAUAACUGCCAAUCUGUUUUGUUUUUUUAAGUUUUUAAUUAGUUGCCAGUACUUACAGUAAAAUCAGACAUCCCCUAAAAAUCUGGGUGGCCAGCCUCCUGGCACCGAGGGGAAGGUUAGCCCCAUGUCUGGCUUCUCCUCAUUGCACAUGUGACUCUGGAGCAGGUCACAGAGCUGCUGGGACCCUGGGUUCUUUCCACUGAGGAGUCAGGGUAGGGUCAACUGUGAUGCUGACCUUGGCACGCUGCUGUCGGCCUGUCACCCUUUGUUCCUCUGACCUGUCAGUGGCCUGUGGGUGAUGUGCAGCUCCCCCUCAUGGAUGGCCUUUCCUUCCUCGUCCUGUCGAUCGACACAGGCUUUAGGAGCGGUUGCCGCAUUUGUGCGCCUGCGUGUACCAGGUUCAGCACGUUCAGUGGACAGACGUUUGGCAGUAUAAUUUCAACAGAUGCUCCAAAGAGGUUUUUCAGCCACACUCUCACUCAGAUACUCACCCACAAGCCUGUGCUGAGAGUUUCUGAUGCUGUUCAAAUGCAGAGAGAGUGGAGCUUUGCAAAGACGCCCCCUCUGCUCACCAGUCUGUUCCGCAAGCUCUUUGUGAUACUGAGUCCUGAGGAGCUGGUUGGCCAUUUACAAGAAGUUCUGGAGACACAUGAGGUGAACUGGCAGCACGUGCUCUCCUGUGUGUCCACACUGGUGAUCUGCUUACCGGAAGCACAGCAGCUGGUUCAUGACUGGGUGGCUCGUUUGCUGGCCCGCGCGUUCGAGAGUUGUGACCUGGACAGCAUGGUCACUGCGUUCCUGGUUGUGCGUCAGGCUGCCCUGGAGGGCCCCUCCGUGUUCCCAUCAUAUGCAGACUGGUUCCAGGCCUCCUUUGGGAGUGCAAGGGGCUCCCACGGCUGCAGCAAGAAGGCACUGGUCUUCCUCUUCAAGUUCCUGUCGGACCUCGUGCCCUUCGAGGGAGCCCGGUACAUGCAGGUGCACAUUCUCCACCCGCCGCUGGUUCCCAACAAGUACCGCUCCCUCCUCACAGACUAUGUCACGCUGGCCAAGACACGGCUGGCCGACCUCAAGGUUUCUAUAGAAAACAUGGGGCUCUAUGAGGAUUUGUCUUCAGCCAGGGACGUCACAGAGCCCCACAGCCAAGCGCCCCAGGAUGUUGAGAAGGCUAUCCUGCUGUUUGAGCACACGGGGAAAAUUCCUGUCGCCGUCAUGGAGGCCAGCAUAUUCAGGAGGCCCUACUACCUGUCUCACUUUCUCCCCGCCCUGCUCACACCUCGAGUGCUCCCCAGAGUCCCUGAUUCCCGAGCGGCUUUUAUAGAGUCCCUGAAGAGAGCAGAUAAAAUCCCCUCGUCUCUGUACUCCACCUACCGCCACGCCUGCUCCACUGCCGAGAAGAACCCAGAAAAUACAGCCCCGGGAAUGAAGGUGGAACCCAACUGUGUGGAUGAACCCUUGAAACUGCUCAUGAUUGCGCUGGGAGGACUCAGGGCAGCGAUGACAGACCCCGCCCAGUAUGACGUUCUGUCUGCCCAGAUUGCAGUGAUUUCUGAGAGGCUCGGCCCCGCCUUGGGCGUCAGUGAGGACGAUGGCAGCUGUGAGGCAUCGAAGAUCCAGCUCAGCGUCCUUGCCCCAGAACUGGAGCAGCAAGAACAGAAGGUGAGGGUUGUGGAUCUCCUGCUGACGUCUUUUUGUCAGAACCUGAUGGCAGCCUCCAGCUUUGCUCCACCAGACAGGCAGGGCCCCUGGGCUGCCCGCUUCACAAUGACCAUGUGUGGACACGCGCUCCUCCCUGCCGUGCUCACCAGGCUCUGCCAGCUGCUCCACCACCAGGGCCCAAGCCUGAGUGCCUCACAUGUGUUGGGGUUGGCUGCCUUGGCUGUCCACCUUGGCGAGUCCAGAUCUGUGCUCCCGGAGGUGCAUGUGGGCCCUCCUGCCCCUGCCAGGGAUCUCUCCAUCCCUGAGUUCUUCAACAGCCUCCUGACGUGCAGGACCGCAGAGUCCUCGUGCUUGUGCCUGAAGUUUUGUACAGCGGCAAUUUCUUAUUCUUUGUGUAAGUUUUCUUCCCAGUCACGUGAUAUUUUGUACUGCUGUUUAUCUCCAGGCCUUAUAAAAAAGUUUCAGUUCUUGGUGUUCAGAUUGUUCUCCGAAGCCCGAGACCCUCUCUCUCAGGAGGACACAGCCGGCCUUGCCUGGAAGCCCUCGGGCCUGCCCUCCAUGGACUGGCAGCGAGCUGCCCUCUGUCUGUGGAGACAGAGAACCUUCCAGGAGUUAUUGAAGGAGAAGCAAUUUCAUUUAACUUACAGAGACUGGUUACAGCUGGAACUGGAAAUUCAACCUGAAGUUGAUUCUCUUUCAGAUACAGAAAGGCGGGACUUCCACCAGUGGGCGAUCCACGAGCAUUUCCUGCCCCAGCCGGCUGCUGCAGGGGGCUGCGAUGGAGACCUGGAGACAGCGUGCACAGUUCUUGUCGAUGUGCUGCUGGACUUCUGCCAAAGUUCAAGGAGUCACAACCACUCAGAGAAUUCUGAUUUGGUUCUUGGUGGCUGCACAGGAAAUCGAGAUAUUUUUUCCAGAUUGCAGGAGAUGGCUGCUGACCUGGAGCAGGGCCCCGCGGCACCCUACAGCCACUCUUCCUCUCGGGGGCACUUCCUUUUCAGGGUUUUCCGCAGACGGCUCCAGGCUCUGGCAAGUGGGUGGGACGUGGCCGCCCGCCUUCGGAGACAGCAGGAGCUGCUCAUGUACAAACGGGUCCUCCUCAGCCUGCCUCCGUUGGUGCUUGUCGGCAGCCCCCAGGUGGAACAGCCAGCCGCCCCUGGCUGUGACGAGUUCUUCCACUUGGUCAACUCUGAGCUGAGAAACUUCUGCUCCCAGGGAGGUGCCCUGAGCCACGACAUCACCGUCCACUUCUUCAGGGGGCUUCUCAACGCCUGUUCACAAAGUAGAGACCCCUCCCUGACAGCUAACCUGACCCUGACCGCGUGCCAGACCGAGUGCCCCAUAGUUCUGACCUCUGCUCUGUUGUGGUGGCCACGCCUGGAGCCUGAGCUUCACUGUCGGUGGAGAAGAUGCUUCCAGGGCCCGCUGCCCCCGGAGCUGCAGAGGCUUCAAGAGGCCCAGCAGUUUGCCCAGAGUUUCCUCUCUCCCGACACAGCAGCCCCUGCCCCUGGCCCAGCCUGGGUCUCUGCUGCCGCGCUGCACUUCGUGAUUCAACAAGCCGGGAAGGAAAGCGUUGAGAGCGCGCUGGAGAAGCUGGACUGCCAACGAGAGGAGCUGCUGGUUUGCCUGUUUUUCUUUUCCUUGAUGGGCCUGCUCUCAUCACACCUGACCCCGCACAUACGUCAGACCUCAUCAGCUAAGGCAGGCGACUCCCUGAAGGCUUUGCACGUUUGUGGCGAGAUCCUGGGGUUUUUACAAAAAAGGAAGAUAUCCUGGCUGGUGCUCUUUCAAUUGACAGAGACAGAUGCUGGCCUGGGGCGCGUCCUCCUCCGCCUGGCCCCAGAGGAGCACAUCAGGCUCCUGCCGUUCGCCUUCUACAGCCUUCUCUCCUACUUUGACAAAGAUGCCCUCAUCAGGGAAAAUGCAUUCCUGCACGUCGCUGUCGACAUGUACAUGAAGCUGACCUGCCUCUUUGUGGCCGGGGAGACAAGUGCAGUCUCAACUCCAGCCAACAGGAGCCAGGAGCUCCAGAGCCAGGCAGGUGCAGGGGCCGGACUUGGGACCUUCUCCAGUCAGAUGGCACAUCCCACAAACGGUGACCCUGUAGGUCUGAUAAGGAAAGCUCGUCUUUUUCUGCUGCAAUCAAUACCUCAGUGCCCGAAAAAGAGCUUCUCAAACAUGGAAGAGCUGCUGGCCACUAGUGGAGACUGGGACCCAGAAGUGAGCACUGCCCUCCUGAGCAGGCAGCAGGCUGUGUCCGACACUGACCUCUACCAGGAGCCUCAUCUCUUCUGACUGGACUCUGCGCGGUGCACAGCCCAGGUUCUUUGUAAAUAAUUUAUUUCAAGCAAAACAUGGAGCUCUUGUUGUGCUAAAAAGUGGAUUACAAAUCUCCUUGAUUGCUUUA